AUGUCAAGCCAAGAAUCAGAGAAUCUUAGUUUUAUACAAACCUAUUAUCAAGGUUCACAAGUACAAAAACAUUUUAAUAAGAAUUAUGGUCUUUAUUGUAUAAUUCUUGGUGAAUUAUGUACAUCAUGGAUGCUAGUUGCUACAAAAUUAUUAGAACAAGAUACAGACUUUGAAGAGCCAAUAAGUCCAACUCAAAUUUUAUUUGUUAGGAUGCUGGGAACUUAUAUCGGAUGUUUGAUCUAUAUGUAUUUCAAACAUGUUGAAGAUUCACCAUGGGGUCCUCCUGGUAAGAUUAGAUUCAUCUUAAUCGCAAGAGGUAUAUCUGGAUAUUUUGGUGUCUUGGGUAUCUAUAUUCCAUUGGUUUAUCUUGCAGUUUCUGAUGUUAUAAGUUUGAGUUUCUUAGCACCAACAUGUACUUCAAUAAUGGCUUAUAUCGUUUUGAGGGAAAAAUUCUCCAAAUUUGAAGGUAUUGGUGGACUUGUGUCAUUAAUUGGUGUUUUGUUAAUUGCAAAACCUACAUUCCUCUUUGGUAACAAUCACACAGAUAAUAAUGUUGAAACAAGUGAUCCAAGUGAUCGUUUAUUUGCAGUCAUGUUUUCAUUAGUUGGUGUUAUUUGCUAUGCUAUGACUUUUACAAUAAUUAGAUUCAUUGGUGAUCGAGUUAACCCAGUAGUCACUGUGUCAUAUUAUGCAUCUGUGACUGUGGUUUUAAGUUUCUUGACAAUUUUGAUAUCACCAUCAUUAAGUUUUCAAUGGCCUCAUACUUUAAAACAAUAUUUUUUGUUAAUAUUGAUUGCAGUAACAGGAUUUUUCAUGCAAUAUCUCUUUACGACUGGACUUCAACUUGAAAAAGCUUCCAGAGCUGCUUCAAUGACCUAUAUUCAAAUUGUAUUUGGAAUCAUUUGGGAGGUGUUGAUUUGGAAUCAUUUACCAAAUAUUUGGAGUUGGUUGGGUAUCUUAAUAAUUCUUGGCUCUUCAAUUUCAAUUUUUUGGUAUAAGAAUCAUAUUGAUGAUGAAUAUCAUAAAUUACCUGAUGAAGAAGAACAUGUCACUGAAAUUCAAAUACCUUUACAACAACUUGAUAGAAAAUAA